UGCACAUCAAAAAUAUACAUUCUGACAAUUAAUGGCUUUUCUAAUUUCUAUGGCGUUAGUUGGCAAUGUUUUGUAGGUUUUUAAUGUGGUCGCCAUGAUAACCAAUGCUGCGUUUAUGUAGACGAAAAUUGACCAAUCACGUAAAAGAGCGGACGAAAACAUGACUUGCUUAGUAUAAUUUCCCUUCCGCAUUGGUCGUCUUUUUGCCAACUGCUCAUAAAUGACGUUCGUGUCAAUAUUUUAAAAGUUCAAAGAAGAUUGUGUAGCCUUAACAAAAGGUUUCCCAGGCGGAAAGUUUCGAAAACGAAUUGAGUCAUUUUGUUGAAUUGAAUACGCUUAAAGCACCCCCAGUUGAAGUGAAGUAAAGCUUGAUUGAAUACUUGCGACGAAUAUUUUUGUUCAAAAUAUCCAGGAUGGGUUGUUGUGGCAAUAAAACCGAGAAUACAAGCGAUAUUGACAUGGGAAAAAGCGACGGUGGUGGUAGUGGAAAAUAUGGUAAAGCCAGGAAACAUGAUCCAGAGUUUCAUGGACCCAUAAAAGACAGGAGUUGCACUGAUAUUCCAUGCUGUAUACUAUUCAUUGUAUACCUCAUUGGCAUGGUCAUUGUUGGUGGAAUUGCUUUUGCUUUGGGAGAUCCUUCUCGUCUCAUCCAUCCUGUGAACUCUGAGGGCAAAACAUGCGGACGUGGGGAACUUUCGGAUAAACCGAAUUUGUUGUUCUUUGAUUUGACGGAUUGUAUUAGCUUAUCCAGUGCAACAUCUUUGAUAAGUGGAUUGAAUUUUGCCUGUCCUACAACUCAGGUCUGUGUUAAAAGUUGCCCAAAAGAAAACGAACUUGGAUAUAGUCGAAAAUUUUGCAUGAUGGAAUGCAGACCUGAUAUUGUUAAAACUUCAUGUGAUGAGGAGGAUGAUACUGUUGAACUUAGACGUGAAAAAGAACUUGUUUCCAAUGGUUCGUGUGCUCCGUAUUACUUGAAAAGUGAAGACAUCUUAAAUCGCUGCAUUCCUACCGUGUUUGGUGAAACGACCAGCACUCUAACCAACGCGAACAACACAUUUCUCAGAAAUACAAACAAUGAAACUUUCAAUGAAACUAGUGUGGAAAGAGGUUCAAAGUACGUUCAAGCUUUGAUUAACGUGCAGAAUGUUGGUUUCAAGGUGUUGGAAGAUGUCAGUAAUUCUUGGUGGUGGAUAUUAGCCGGUUUUGGCAUAGCAGUCGGCAGUUGUUUUCUCUACAUCGUACUCAUGAGGUGGAUUGCUGGAUUGAUGGUGUGGGUAACAUUGUAUGCUGUGUUCACACUGUUGGGAUAUGGCAUUUAUUAUUGUUACACGAAGUCACGACUUAGACAAGAAGGAAGAUCAUCUACUUUCUCGUUCACGACUGAUCUUUCCGUGUAUACGGAUAACAAGAAUACUUGGCUGGCAUUCACUAUUAUCCUUGCCUUGUUUUCUUUCGUUCUACUGCUUGUGCUGCUCGCACUACGAAAGAGAAUACAAAUUGCUAUCGCAUUGAUCAAGGAAGGCAGCCGAGCCAUUUCAUCAAUGUUGUUUACUUUAUUAUUUCCAAUCAUACCUUGGUUGUUACAGUUGAUAGUUUUCUCUUGGUUUGUGGGUGUUGGAGUUUACCUCGUUACAACUGGAGAUGCCGAGUUUCAACAAGUUGUCAAUGAAAACGGGACAAAAACAGUCACGGGACAGCUUUGUCAGAGUUUUAAGACCUCCGCAAAUGAAACCUGCCAAUUUCUCAAGUACUCGGAAGAAGUAACCAUAUUACGGCUUCAAAUCUAUCACUUGUUUGGUUGGUUUUGGUUGCUGAAUUUCGUGAUAGCGCUUGGUCAAUGUGUCUUGGCUGGAGCUUUUGCUUCUUAUUAUUGGGCAUGGGAUAAAAAGACGGAUAUUCCCACAUUUCCAGUCAUGUCAUCUUUCUGGCGUACCUUACGUUACCACACUGGUUCUCUUGCGUUUGGAUCUUUGAUCAUUGCAAUUGUGCAACUGAUUCGAACUGUUCUUGAAUACAUCGAAUAUAAACUCAAAGAAAGCGGACAGAACUAUCAAAUUGUAAAGUUCAUUUUAAAGUGUUUAAAAUGCUGUUUUUGGUGCUUGGAAAAGUUCUUGAAGUUCCUGAACAAGAACGCUUACAUUGAGAUCGCUGUUUACGGUAAGAACUUUUGCGUGUCCGCAAAGAACGCGUUUCUGUUAUUGAUGAGGAACAUCCUAAGGGUGGCCGUCUUGGACAAAGUCACAGACUUCUUGUUGUUCAUUGGAAAACUGACCAUCACACUGGGAAUGGCCGUGGGAAGUUUUUAUUGGUUCGAAAGAGAGAAAAACUUAAACUAUUAUUUGGCACCUGUCAUUAUCGUUACGGUGGCAACAUACGUUAUCGCCUCGGCGUUUUUUGGCGUUUAUGAAAUGGCCAUUGAUACUUUGUUUUUGUGCUUCUUGGAAGAUUUGGAGCGUAAUGAUGGCUCCGAAACUAAACCUUACUACAUGUCAAAAAGAUUGAAGAAAAUUCUUGGCAAAAAGAACAAGAAAAAUUCUGACAGCGAAUGAUUUAAUGGAAGGUUUAUUUACAGGUAUUUCGACUACUUUCAAAACUCUGUAAACAGGUUUUAGAUUGACUCUCAAAGCACAGAAGAGUUUUAGUUUUCUUGUAACUUCGUUGUGAUUUUUUAAAAAUAACUUACACUAGCGCUGCAAUGCAAUGAAAGUUUUCAUUAGUUUUUAUUUGCAAUUAUUGAAGUGAUUUGAAUUGUUUACAUCGAGCGUCUAUCCACAGCCAUUAUGAACAAGGUGUUUGUGAAAAGACAUUGGUGAGGCUUGGGAGUGUGAACAAUAUCUAAUGCAUCUUGGUAGAUACUGUUCAUACUUCGAUCAUUUAGCAAAUUUCUCAAACACCCCAAAUCUUAUUGAUUGAUCAUUAGUUGCUAUGCUAAUCAUCUAAGUUUUGUACGAGUUGGAUUUAUGGAAAAGAUUUGUGGAAACGAUUUAUGGAAGACUCAAAACGUGGCCACUGUAUCAGGCAGCUUUCUUUGUGUGAAUACAGAAUAGUAAAGUAAACUAAUGCGACAAAAAAGAUUAUUUUGUAUACUGGGUGUUAUUAUUUUAACAACCCAUCCCAAUAUAUUUACAAGUAGGUUGGCAUUUUCACUCAAUUGCAACGCAAAACGAUUUAAACAAUUCAUACGCUAAACAUGUUAACAGUUUUACUUAAUUGUUGUAAGUUAUUGCUUUUGGGUUUCUGUUUAAUUUAAUGUAAUUAUUACGUAUAAUUUAUCUUCAUGAAAUGUCCGUCAUCCGCGCGCGCAUGCGUUCAUUUUUAUAAAUGUAAACAUUGUUUAUAGUGAUCAGUAUUAAAUAUUAGCACACACACGGUUUGUUAGGAAGAACAUUUUGAUGCUACAUGUAUAUCAAUGACAAUCAUUACUGAGAGCUACAGUUUGUAAAUUACUCACGUUUUGACUUAAAAUAUAAUAAUAUUUUAUAA